AUGAAUGUGGAGAACGUAACAAUGGUGUCCUACUUCAUUCUUAAAGGGAUUUCCGAUGUCCCUAACCUGCAGCUUCUGAUUUUCCUUUUGGUCCUCCUCAUUUACCAUGUCACCCUUGGAGGUAAUUUGAUCAUUCUGCUGCUGGUUUGCCUGGACUCUCAGCUCCACACUCCCAUGUACUUCUUCCUGUGCAAUCUGUCCGUUCUCAACAUAUCCUCAACCACAAUUACGCUACAUAAGAUCCUUGCCGUCUUUGUAACGGGAGACAAUGCCGUAUCGUUCGCUGCCUGUAUGGCACAGGUAUACGUCUUCACAUGGUUAUGCGGCAAUGAGUUGGUAUUGCUUACCUCCAUGAGCUACGAUCGUUACGUUGCCAUCUGCAACCCUUUGCAUUAUUCAACCGUCAUGAAUGGUAAGGUCUGUGCUGGUCUGGCUGUAUUCUGCUGGUCAUUUAGUCUUGUGCAGAUUUUUCCUGCCAUGAUCAUACUUACGCAAUUCUCUUGUUACACUUCCAACAUAAUUGACCACUUCUUCUGUGAAAUUUUGGGCCUGAUGAACCUUUCAUGUAGUGACACCUUCAUGUUGCAAAUGUUGAUGUUCACAGAAGGGGUUUUACUGUCAACCUUCACCCCUUUUCUCCUCACCUUCAUCUCCUACUCGUUCAUCAUUGCCACCAUACUGAGAAUUAAGACUAGUACGGGAAGGUCUAAAGCCUUCUACACUUGUUCCUCACACCUAACCGUUGUUGCUCUUCAGUACACAACCAUUGCUUGUCAAUACUUAACUCCCAGUGGCACCUUCAAGUCCGGUAAAUUUUUGUCUAUGUUCAACACAGCUGUGGUCCCCAUGCUCAAUCCUUUCAUAUACAGCUUAAAGAACAAAGAUGUGAAAGCAGCUUUGCAGCGAAAACUCAAGUAUCUUACAACGGUUUUUGGAAGGGAAGACGUCCAUUUGGUUGGAAGAAAAUAA